AUGUGUAUAGCCGUGUUUUUAUGGCAAGCUCAGCCGCUUUACCCGUUUCUCUUGUUGCUCAAUAGAGAUGAAUAUCACAGCCGAAAUCUGUUUCUGUUUCGAAUUAGGCCAACAAAGCCACUGGGAUGGUGGGAAGGCGGAGAGAUUCUUGGUGGGAAAGAUGAGCUUGCAGGUGGAACAUGGCUGGGCUGCACUAGAGAUGGUAAGAUUGCAUUUAUCACUAAUGUUAGAGAAGUUAAAUCGACCCUUCAAGCUAAGACUAGAGGUGACCUUACUCUUCGUUUUUUAGAGAGCAACAAGAAUCCAAAGGAAUAUGCAGAGGAACUUGCAAAGGAGGCAGAUCAGUAUAAUGGGUUUAACCUGAUAUUAGCUGAUAUUUCUUCAAAAUCCAUGGUUUACUUAACAAAUAGGCCAAAAGCAGAAAAGUUCAUCGUCAUGGAGGUGACACCGGGGAUGCACGUAUUGUCAAAUGCAAGCCUAGACUCUCCUUGGCCGAAGGCACAAAGACUGGGCAAUGGCUUCAAAGAUCUAAUGGAAAAAUAUGGUGAAGCAGAACUUCCCACAAAAGAGAUGGCUGAUAUACUAAUGAGGAACACAAUUAAAGAUGAUGAUCCUGGAAUUUAUCCUUCUGAGUGGGAACACCAGUUAAGUUCUAUAUUCAUCGAAACAGACUCUCCCCUGGGACGAUAUGGAACUAGAAGUACUUCUGCAUUGUCCGUAAAAUCAAGUGGAGAAGUUAACUUCUAUGAAAGGUAUCUUGAGGAGGACCAGUGGAAAGAGCACACAGUGAGUUACCAAAUCAAAAAGAUGGAAGUACAUGUGUGA